AUUGUGUAGUAUUUACAAUAUAAAUAUAACGUAUCGGUCUACGAGCUAAGACACAAAAGCAAUCUUCUACUCAUUUACUGUUCUGUUUCACUUUCUCUCUCUCUGUAUACUCUCUAAAUGAUGGCAAAAAACUGUAAUUUAGUCAGUGUUCUAUGUGUAUUUUUGGUAUUGACCCUCUUUAACAAACCCAUCACCGUCGCCGGGCAGAAUAUUCCGGCGGUGGGCUUGUUCACCUUUGGUGACUCCAACUUCGACGCCGGAAACAAACAGACUCUCACCAAAACCUUACUCCCUCAAACUUUCUGGCCGUAUGGAAAAUCCCGAGAUGAUCCCAACGGCAAAUUCUCCGACGGCCUCAUCGCUCCAGACUUCCUCGCUAAAUUCAUGAGGAUUCCGAUCGUGAUCCCGCCGGCCCUUCAACCGAACGUCAAUGUCUCACGUGGAGCUAGUUUCGCCGUCGCUGAUGCUACUCUACUCGGAGCUCCGGUGGAAUCUUUGACUCUGAAUCAACAAGUGAGAAAGUUCAAUCAAAUGAAAGCAGCAAAUUGGAAUGAUGAUUUCGUGAAGAAGUCAGUGUUUAUGAUAUACAUUGGUGCAAACGAUUACUUGAAUUUCACCAAGAACAACCCUAACGCCGAUGCAUCUACUCAACAAGCUUUUGUCACUUCCGUGACCAACAAGUUAAAGAACGAUAUCAGCUUGUUGUAUUCAUCAGGAGCGAGUAAAUUUGUGAUCCAAACCCUAGCUCCAUUGGGUUGCUUACCCAUCGUCAGACAAGAGUUCAACACCGGGAUGGAUCAAUGCUAUGAGAAACUCAACGAUUUGGCUAAACAACACAACGAAAAAAUUGGACCGAUGUUGAACGAAUUGGCUAGAACAGCUCCUGCAUCAGCUCCUUUCCAAUUCACCGUCUUUGAUUUCUACAACGCGAUUCUUACUAGGACGCAGAGGAACCAAAACUUCCGAUUUUUCGUUACGAACGCAUCGUGCUGCGGAGUUGGGACACAUGAUGCUUAUGGUUGCGGUUUUCCUAACGUACAUUCGAGGCUAUGCGAGUACCAACGGUCUUACCUAUUCUUCGACGGACGUCACAACACUGAGAAGGCGCAAGAGAUGUUUGGUCAUCUUCUUUUUGGAGCCGAUACAAAUGUUAUCCAACCGAUGAACAUCCGUGAGCUUGUCGUUUACCCUGCCGAUGAACCUAUGCGUGAGUCUUGGGUGCCCCCAACGUCAGCCACCGUUCAACUCAGGGAGAGCCGCGGUUACGAGUAUUACUGAGUCUCUAAAAUCAAUAUUUAGGGAUCGAUCGGGGUUUCUAUAAGGGUUAUGAGUCAAAUUAUAACUGGAUCAAUAUCGGAAUCUUGAGUAGUUUUAAUUUCCAAUGUUUUCAUGUUUCUCUAGUGAGUUUUCCUCCAUAAUAAAAGAUUGAUCUCUGCAACUCUUACCCCUUGCAAAUCUUUUAUUUAAAAGAAACAAAACUUUUACAUAAAUUUAUUUCUUUUUUUUGUCAACCACAUAUUAAAAGGUAAUUCCAUAAUUAAAA